AUAAAUGUUCAAUUAUAGUUAAUAUGAGGAAGAAAUUAAUCAUCCUUAAUAUCGAACAAGAGUUAGAUAUCAGUAAGCAUAGUUACUAAUAAAAGGGAUGCAGGAACUUAACGUAAUCUUAAUGGAUAAUUGGAUGUGACAUGUUUUUUAAUGGCUGUAGAAAUAUAGAGAUUAGUUGCUGAAAACACAGAAAUGAAAAUUACUAUAAAGUAAUAAAGUGAUAGCGGCCUAGAUAGAGUCAAUUAUGAAAUGUAAAUAAGGGAUCUAAUGGAAAAGCUUCAGUAAUUGCAACAGUAUAUAUAUUACAUUUAAGUAAAGGGACAAUUAUUUGAUAGGAAAUGAUAAUGAAAGAUUGAGAAAGCUCGUUAAAGAUCUAGAAGGUUCAUUAUAAAGAUAUGAAACUUAAUUAAAAGAUUACGAUCCUAAUUGGAAAAAAGAAUUAGAAUAAUAGAAAAAACAGCUAGUUUAAUUGUAAAAAAAAAUAGGUGAUGAUGAUGUUGGUAAACUAUAUAAAUAUAUUACAGAUGAUCUAAGGUCUUAAUUAAACAAAUUAAAAAAGAAGUUAGGUGAUUAUGAAAAACAGUUUGGUGGCAAAAGUCCAGAAGAAUUAUAAAGAAUGCUGGAUGAUUUAUAAAGAAAAGCUAAGUAAUUUGAAGAUCUAUAAAAUAAAAUUGGAGGUAUGGAUCCUGAUACUUUAGCAAAAAAACUUAAAGAAUUAGAAAAAUUAUAGAAAUCUUUUGGAGGAAGUCCAGAAGAUUUAUUAAAAGUAAAAUUAAUAAAAAAAAUUUUUUAGGAAUUAGAAAGAUUAAAAAAAAAAGCUAAAGAAGCAGAUGAUCUUAAAAAAGAAUUAGAUAAAUAACAAAGAGAAAAUGAUAAAUAGAAAAAUGAUUUAGGUUUUCUUGAUGAUUUAAAAGUAUAUUAUAUAAAUUUAUGAAUCUUAGAAAAAUGCAUAAGAUUUAUAAAUGGAAAAUGGAUUUUUAAAUUAAUAAUUGAAUGAUUUAAAAAAUAAAUUAAGAGAAGCAGAUCAAUUAAGAAAUGAAUGUGAAUCAUUAAAAGAUUUAUUAAAGAAAAAAGAUUAAGAAAUAGCAAAUCUAAAAAAUUAAUUGGCUGAUUAAUAAAGAUAAAUAUAAGACACAUAGAGAUAAUUAUAAGAUUAAUUAAGAUAAUUAGGAGAUUUGUAAUAAAGAUUUAGAUAGGCAGAAUAAGAUAAAUAAAAGUUAGAAUCAGAAUUGAAUAAUUGUUUAGAUGAAUUAGAUUAAGCAGAUGGAUAAAAAGAUGCUGCAAAUCAAUUAAAAGAUGAAAAUGAUAAACUAAAUCAAGAAGUGGAUUAAUUAAAUGAAGAUAACAAUAAAUUAUAAAAUGAAAAUGAAGAUUUAAAAAAUCGAUUAAAUGAUCUAAUGAGAUAAUUAUAAGAUAAAGAUAAUAAAUUAAAAGAUUUAUAGUAAGAUUUAAAUAAAAAGAAUUCAGAAUUAAAAGAUUUAGGUAACAAAUUAAAGGAAGCUAAUGAUAAAAUUGAAUGGAUUAAAAAUGAAUUUGGAUUAACAGAUGAUGAUUUAGAUCCUAAAAAAAGAAAACUUAAUAGUAGAAAUAUAAAGGAAAACAUUUUAUUCUAAAAUAUAUAACCAUCAAAUUUGUUAUUGAAUUUUCUAUUACAGUCUGCUGAAAUAGAGAGAUUAGGAAUAAUUAUCGAUAAAUAUUAUAGUGAAAAUGAAUCUUUACAAGUUUAAAUAAAGACCUAUAAAUAAAAGAAUGAACAAAUUAGUCAAUAAUUAUAAUAAUAACUAAUAUUGUAAUCUUAAAUGACAUAAGAUAAUGAAAUAGAUAAAUUGAAAGAAUAUUAUGAAAAUAAAAUAGUAAUGUUAACAAUGGAGUUGAGUAGAUUGAGAAAAUAAUAAGCUUCUUCAUCAUAUUAAUCAAUACCUAUUUCUCAUAAAUUAUAGCCUAGACCAGCUAGCUUUAAUUAUGGUGAUACAUAAGUAACAACUUAAAUAACACCUAAAAGAGAGGAGGAUCUAUUGAGUUUAAUUGUUUUGAUGGGAGCAGAAUUAUAAAAUUUGAGGGAUUAAAAUAGUUCAUUACUUUUGCAAUAACAUGAUAAAGAUGUUAUAAAAGGAUUAUUAACAACAAGUGCAUAUGAAGGACAAUCUAAAACUCAAUAAAUAACAUAGGUUAAAGAAUAUUAAAAUAAUUAUGAAAGUUAUUAGUAAAGAGAUUCAAAUUAAUUAUAAUAAAGAACCUCAUAUUAGGAUUUAUAGAAUAAUAAUACCUAAAUAAACAGUUAGUACAGAGUAAGGACAAUGAAUGACUCAAGAUAGAAUGAUGGUUACAAUUAAGAUAAACUCAUCUCUCAGCAAGGUGAUAAUGGUUCACAAAGAUCAUAUCAAUAUUAAGCUUAAAUUCCAUAUAAAUAUGAAUAAGGCUCAUAGCUGAGUGGAAGUGGUUAUUUAAAAGUUGGAAAAUAUGAAUCAUCUAGAUAUGUAAAUUGA